CCCGCCCACCUCCCCCACCCUGGCCGCCAGCACGGGGCGAGUGCAGAACAAAAGACGCGGGGGCGGGGCCGGGCGGGCGGGGCCGGGGCGGAGGCUAUAAGGGGCGGCGGCCGGCGCGGCCCAGCAGGCCCAGCAGCCCCGGGGCGGAUGGCUUGGGCCGCCCGGCUCCGCGGCGCGGCCCUGCGCGCCCUCCUGCUCCCGCUGCUGCUGCUGCUGCUCCCGCCGCCGCCGCUGCUGGCCCGGGCCCCGCGGUCGCCGGAUGCCCACCGCCGCCACCCAGUGAGAAGGGGUCCACAGCCCUGGCGUGAAGCUCCUCCCAGCAGCCCGGCAUCUGCCCCGACUGCUCAGGAGGCCCCUCAGCCUGCCGCCGGCCCCAGACCUCCCCGCUGCGGCGUGCCUGACCCGCUGGAUGGGCCGAGUGCCCACAACCGACAAAAGCGGUUCGUGCUGUCGGGCGGGCGCUGGGAAAAGACGGACCUCACCUACAGGAUCCUCCGGUUCCCAUGGCAGCUGGUGCGGGAACAGGUGCGGCAAACGGUGGCAGAGGCCCUACAGGUAUGGAGUGAUGUGACGCCACUCACCUUUACCGAGGUGCACGAGGGCCACGCUGACAUCAUGAUCGACUUCACCAGGUACUGGCAUGGGGACAACCUCCCAUUUGAUGGACCUGGGGGCAUCCUGGCCCACGCCUUCUUCCCCAAGACCCACCGAGAAGGGGAUGUCCACUUCGACUAUGACGAGACCUGGACAAUCGGGGACAACCAGGGCACAGACCUCCUGCAGGUGGCAGCCCACGAAUUUGGCCAUGUGCUCGGGCUGCAGCACACGACAGCUGCUAAGGCCCUCAUGUCCCCUUUCUACACCUUCCGAUACCCGCUGAGCCUCAGCCCGGAUGACCGCAGGGGCAUCCAGCACCUCUACGGCCGGCCUCGACUAGCCCCCACCUCUAGGCCCCCAGACCUGGGCCCCGGGGCCGGGGUGGACACCAACGAGAUUGCACCACUGGAGCCAGAUGCCCCACCAGAUGCCUGCCAGGUCUCCUUUGAUGCGGUCGCCACCAUCCGCGGCGAACUCUUCUUCUUCAAGGCAGGCUUUGUAUGGCGGCUGCGCGGGGGCCAGCUGCAGCCCGGCUACCCUGCGCUGGCCUCGCGCCACUGGCAGGGGCUGCCCACCUCCGUGGAUGCAGCCUUCGAGGAUGCCCAGGGCCACAUCUGGUUCUUCCAAGGAGCUCAAUACUGGGUAUACGAUGGUGAGAAGCCAGUCCUGGGCCCCGCGCCCCUCUCUGAGCUGGGCCUACUGGGGUCCCUGGUCCACGCCGCCCUGGUCUGGGGCCCCGAGAAGAACAAGAUCUACUUCUUCCGAGGCGGAGACUACUGGCGCUUCCACCCCAGCACCCGUCGUGUGGACAGCCCUGUGCCCCGCCGGGCCACCGACUGGCGAGGGGUGCCCUCUGAGAUCGACGCUGCCUUCCAGGAUGCUGACGCAUCUGUUAUGAACCCAGUUUCCAGAAGAGCAAACAGAGAUUCAGGUGGUGAGGUACCUAACCGGGUCCACCAAGGUGGACAGAACCAGGACCUCCACCCAGGCAGUCCCUGCUUCUAGCCAAGAGCCACCUGCCUCCUGUGAUCUUGAAGCACUAGAUCUGGGACUCACAGUCCAGCGCUCUCUCCCGUGUCCCCCCUUUGCUUCUGUGCUCCCCCACAUCGGGACCUGCCGGGAGAGCUGUCCUGUAGUGGUCUCGGGCUCCUGGGCUCCAGGUCGCCAGUGUCCCCCAUCUGACUCAAGGCACAGGAGAGGUGGUGAGAGGGGCGGGAUUUGCUUUCCUGAGGGGCAGGAGUUGGGCCUCCGAGGCUCUGGCCUCUGUCAGUCUGGGUGGUAGCUCAGAUCAGACCCUGGGGCAGGCCGAAGGGCUUGCCCAAAGGGAGGUUUUGGAAGGGACACCCUGGGGUCUACAGGUUUCAAGGAACUCAGCAGUGGCCAAGGUCUGCCCACUGGGACUUGCCCCUGUGUCCACCCGCCCCGCCUGACCCUCCUGUCUCCUCAGGCUAUGCCUACUUCCUGCGCGGCCGCCUCUACUGGAAGUUUGACCCUGUGAAGGUGAAGGCCCUGGAGGGCUUCCCCCGCCUCGUGGGCCCCGACUUCUUUGGGUGUACCGAGCCUGCCAAUACUUUCCGCUAACCAUGGCUUGGAUGUCCUCAGGGCCCCUAACCCCUGCCAGGACACUGACAUCGGCUGGAGACCACGGCCAUCUUUGUGGCUGUGGGCACUGGGUGCGGCACGGAGCCGUGCCUACUCGGGGGUGGGGGGGGAGGCGGGCACUGCCAUCAGGACUGCAGGAAGGGCCGCGCGGGUCGUGGCCACUGCCAGCGACUGCCUCAGACUGGGCAGGGAGGCUCCGGCAUUAAGGGUGAGGGUGGCCUCAGGCCAGCUCCACCCAACCUGUGCUGGUCACAGUCAAACCCAGCUGCCUUGGGUCUCUGUCCCCAUCCUUCAGAGUAGCACCUCAGCAGGGCUGGGGGAGUUGGAGCCCUCACUGUCCUGGCUGUGGGGUAACACAGGGUGCUGGCAUGUGGGUCCCAGGGCACUGUGCCUUCUGUCUUUUCCUGAGAAGUCAGCUCUGGUAGGUGCUUGGAACUGGCUGCCUUCCAGUUGGUGGUUCUGGAGACCUGUUCCCCAGGAUCCAGGGCACAAGGGCCAGGCAGCUGGGGAGGGGGGUGCUUCCUGCCAGAGACCCUGGGACCUGGAGGCCCCAACAUACCUCAAUCCUAUCAUGGGUCGGAUCCUCUCCAGCCCUCACCCCACACCAAGCCCUCCAAAGCCAUGUAAAUGUGUACAGUGUGUAUAAAGGCUUUUCUUUUUUUUUUUUACUGAGGACUGUCAUUAAACAUGGUCAUUUUCUA